AUGUAUAGCAUAGACUUAUUAUGGAAGUUGUUCAUUUUUCUCGUAGGCAUUGCAACGGCUGCUUCUGUAUUAGGGAUGGUCAUUCUUGUAGUUGCAUGUUUAGUAUGUCACACCAAACAGAGAAAGAAGAUCUCGAAUGAUUCAAGAAGGAAGGUAUUGGAGGAUUCAGCACAACAGUAUCUAAAGACCAUUAUUCCACUGAAACAUUAUAGCUACGUCCAAGUAGAGAAAAUUACAAAGUCAUUCGCUGAAGUGGUGGGGAAAGGCGGAUUUGGAACUGUUUAUAGAGGAAUCCUUCGUGAUGGUCGUAGUGUUGCGGUAAAGAUCUUAAAAGAUUCUCAAGGUAAUGGAGAAGACUUCAUCAACGAAGUUGCGAGCAUGAGUAAAACUUCUCAUGUCAACAUUGUUACCCUCCUAGGAUUCUGCUCUGAAGGCAUCAAUAGAGCAAUUAUUUAUGAAUUCAUGGAAAAUGGGUCUCUUGAUAAGUUCAUAUCUAGCAAGAGGUCAUCAGUUAUAGAUUGGGGAGAACUAUAUAGAAUCGCGCUAGGAGUUGCUCGUGGUUUAGAGUACUUGCACCAUGGCUGCAGAACAAGGAUUGUACAUUUCGACAUUAAACCACAAAAUGUACUCUUAGAUGACAAUCUUUGCCCCAAAGUUUCAGACUUUGGCCUCGCGAAGCUGUGCGAGAAGAAAGAGAGUAUUUUGUCAUUGCUAGACACAAGAGGUACAAUAGGGUACAUUGCACCUGAGUUGUUUUCAAGAAUGUACGGUAGAGUUUCCCAUAAGUCGGAUGUGUAUAGCUAUGGAAUGCUGGUUCUUGAGAUGAUUGGAGCAAAGAACAAACCAACAAAUGAAGACUCUGCAUCAAACCAAAGCUCAAUAUACUUUCCUGAAUGGAUAUAUAAGGAUCUUGAGAAUCAAGAUCACGGAAGACUUCUAGAGAAUGUCAUCAAAACCGGAGAAGAGGAGAUAGCGAAGAAGAAGAUGACAUUGGUAGGUUUGUGGUGUAUUCAGUCUUCUCCAUCAGAUCGUCCAUCGAUGGACAGAGUAGUAGAGAUGAUGCAAGGGAACCUCACUGCUCUUGAAGUCCCUCCUAGGCCUGUUUUUCAAAUUCCCAUAGCACCUUUUCAAGAAUCUUCUACAAUAUCAGAGGAUGUCUCGGCUUAUACAGAGUUUAAGGACCAGCUCUUAGAACUAUGUGGAAGCAAAAUAUUGGUGAAAGCUGUAAAUUUAACAACCCCUAAUGAAGUUUACCAUUGGAGAAAGAACGAAUUAAAGUUUUCUACAUAG